AUGCUGUCGAGCACAAUCUUUGUCGACUUAUGUUCAAGACAUUGGGUAAUAAGAUCAAACAAACGCAAGGUCUCCUCAGCAGAUCAGACAACUUCUUCGACCACUGGUUCUCCUACAACAUUAGACCAUGUGCCUGCUGUGAUACGUAAAAAGGAGAUGUUGGUUUUUCCAAUUAAAGGUAAAACAAAAGUGAUCUACAGGCUAGCAUUUCUUUCAGAUCGCUAGCCAGUAGUGCCAGAGAAAACAACUGCAGACAUUGUAAGAUUUAAACUAGAAGAAUUUCUUUCAAAAAGAAUUUAUGAUAAGAAAAUUCCAUUCACGCAAACUUAUACUCCAGUUGCAGUGAGCUAUAUGCGCUUCUAACGAUAUUACACCGUUGCACCACGAGUAUAAAAUAAACUAUUUAUAAUCGGUAGCAUGUACACUAUUCCUUACCUUAAACCGGCUACUGCAGAUCUAGGCGGCAAAGAUUUACUAAAUUAAGUUAAAAAAAUGUAUCUGUUCUCGAAAACAUCAUGUGAUAGGUUUUGGAUUAUUUAGUCUCUCUUGUUCAGUUCGAGGGUACGUUUCUUAUAUGCAUGUUCUCACGGCUGUUUUCUUUCCUCACUAGAAACUAACCCUUAAUCAUUAAUCAUUAAUCGUUCACUUACUAACUAACUUUCGGAAAUCUGUUAAGGUUCUCCGUUCACGUCCCUCAGAAUGACAACGACAGUAAUUUUAAAAUGCAAACAAUAAUAAACAAAUCAUUCUUUAUACAGUCGGAAAAAAUCAUAAUCUUACGCCACCUAAAUAUAAUUUUUUUGUAGACCUAUAUGUUUUACAAAAGCCGAAACUCGGCAUAAUAUAGUGAGGAUCUUUUCACAUCAGCCAACUUUAAGCUGCAAAAUGAGAAACUAAAUUUAUAAAAUGUCGGCUCCAAAAGCUGUUUCAUAUAGUUUGCCAACUAUCGGUUAAUUAAUAUUUUCAGCUGUCCGGAUCAUUUAGCAAACGUCAGUUUAUAAUUAAGCUUAUUUAGACCCCCGUUAAUUAAGGUUUAACGGCAAGUAGUCGAAUAAAAAAUCUUUCCAGAUCUGGUCUUUUUGUCAAAAUAACAGUGUACUUUUAAAUAAUUAGCCAGGAAAACUGGCAGGAUGCUUCAAUCACGGUUCUGAGUAUCGCAGAUUUUUAGCACUAUAAAAUCGACCCGAACACGGUCACGUACAUAACUGUUCUGAACUAUGCAUGACUGUUAUGAACUGUUCUGGCGCCUCUACUUUUGUAUUAUAGUAUUUUAUUUUGUACUGUAACAUGUUGAUUUGUCGAGAAGUGCAUGCAUGUGUUCCUAUAACUGUAUAGAAACAGGGAAAGUUUCCCUGUUCCUAUCAAUUUAAAAAACGUAAAACAAAACAAUUUUAAUACUCGCGCUAAUGUUUCAUAAUGUCAGUCUCGAACCAUAGAACAAAAAGAGAUUUCGGUUUAAAUAUUAGAGGACUACUGUAUAUAGACUAUUUUCUGGUAAAAUUGACACUAACCAAAUAUCAAUUUUACGCGAGUUCUAUGUUUAUGUAAUAAAAAUUUGUAAAGUAAUCGAUAUAAGAAUAAACUAUAAUAUAUUUUUCUUGAGUAUAAAAUUAAGGAAUAGGAAAUUAUAUUUUCCAUGCAAUUAUACGUCAAACACUUUCAGUAGUCCGGAAGAACUCGAAAUAACCAAAAAAACUCACCUUGUAUACACGAGGUCGUUUUCCCCUUGAUUAUUUCUCGUUUUCCAAAACGCCCAUGCAUGCGUAUAACUGUAUAGAAACACGGAUGUGUUUUUAUGUUUCUUAAGUCGUUGUUAGCUUAUAUAUGUUUUUUGACGUGCUUGAGCAGUGUCGUGCAAAUACGAUUGAAAAUUGCCCAGACAAGAAAUGCUAGACACUGGCCUCAAAUGGCGUUUUCUCUAAAUAAUUAUCCCCCACUCCCCCAAGCCAAUGUUGAAUGGGAUUUUUCAUCAAAAUAAUAAGAAGUUCACUGUGUAUAAUUGGGAUAUUCAACAUUGAAGAGGGGGGAGUGGGGGAUAUGCGAAUAAUUCAAAUUUUGGCUGUUUGUUAUGAUUUUUGCAAAAAGUGCAUUAAGUGUCCACAUGAGUUUUGGCCCUGAAGUGUAAUCUCCACACAAACAACUAGCUAUAGCAUGAAGGAAAUUCAAUAUUCCUUGUGAAGCUAUACUAAUUUACACCUUGUGAUUUCUAGGAUAUCGUCUUGAGGAAUGCUCUUACUUUGAGAAAAGUGUUGCCAGUAUAAUGGACUGUGCUCACCUAUGUCUCCGUGAGAAUGGUCAAUGUCGAUCAAUCAAUAUUGAAAAGGCACGAAGUGAAGGUGGAUUCAUUUGUCACUUCAAUAACUCUACAAGAGAAAAUCAUGUUCAAAAGUUUGUGAAAAACGCUGCUUACAGCUAUUUGGAGCCGAAAAAUGUAUGUAUAUGUUUUGAAUUUUAGCCGUUUUAUAUACUGUUACAAGAUACACAUUUAACUUAAUCUCUCUUGCAAUUCCAGGCUUGGGUAAAUAAUCACCCAGUUUCCAUGGAAGACAUCAUCAUUUUGAGAAAUUAAGAAAUUGGUAUUCAUAUAACCGUGAACAAAACUGUAAUGCAAACAAAUCUGUAAAUAUUCAAACAAAUCUUGAAAAUCAGUCAAAAGGACAUCUUCAGUAGCCUAUCAAGGUAGAAAUACAACGACAGCGAAGCAUAGGCCACUCCGACAAGAUGGCCACUCCGACUAUUUGUGUGGAUUGGCCAUCUUGAACUUCUUGGCCACUCAAUGGCUGGCGACAUGUUUGUCAAUUUCAUGAGAUGUAGUCAUAUACAGUACAUAUAGGUACUAUAUAGCAGACGUAAACAAAAGAUAUUUUAACGUAAAUUUACUACUCAAAAUCGAAUAUUGGGCGAAAUGCAUGUUAGAUAUUUAAUACAAAAGUUAGACUUAAAAGUACGACAAAAAUUUAUCGCGCAAGUAACGCUGAAUACUCGAAAAAUAAUACAUUUGUAUUAUUACAAAUGCCGUAUAGCAAUGGCAUCAUAUUUAUAAGUCAUA